AGCGACUAAAAUUGACGGAGACAACAUACGGAGACAGGAGCUGAGGGCGGGCGCUGGUUUCUGACAUUUCUCGUAGGCUGCUUAAAGUUGUAGACGUAUAGGCGAAGUGUUUUGGGAGAUGGCAACGGCGUAUCAGCAGCUAUUGAGCGUGGGCACUAAGAUCGUCGCUGUGGGCAGAAACUACGCUGCUCAUGCCAAAGAACUCGGCAACGCCGUCCCCAAGGAGCCGGUUUUGUUUCUGAAACCCACGUCGUCCUACUUGGAAAAUGGAGGAACAAUCCAAAUCCCCCACCCCUGGGGGUCUCUGGAUCAUGAGGUCGAGCUUGCGGUCGUGAUCGGCCAGAAAGCUCGCGAUGUUCCUGAAGCCACUGCCAUGGACUUUGUUGCCGGAUACGCUCUGGCACUGGAUAUGACUGCCAGGGAAAUUCAAGCUUCUGCGAAGUCUGCAGGUCUUCCAUGGACAGUAGCUAAAGGGCAAGACACCUUCACCCCAAUCAGUUCAGUUCUGCCCAAGGCAAUGGUGCCAGACCCUGACAACUUAGAAUUGUGGUUAAAGGUUGAUGGAGAAGUACGACAGAAGGGCUUCACCAAGGAUAUGAUGUUUAAGAUCCCAUUUCUCAUUAGCCAUAUUAGUUCUAUCAUGACACUUCUGGAAGGAGAUGUCAUCCUAACAGGCACUCCCCAAGGUGUUGGCCCGGUGAAAGCAGGUCAAAAGAUAACCGCUGGCAUAACCAACCUUCUGGACGUUUACUUCAAUAUUGAAAAACGGCAAAAGCUUGGAAGUUCUUGAUCACUCCCAGCAGCAGCCAUUAUCCCUCUGUGACUCCACCACAUGAGGGCUGCCUCAGUUGUUAGUUUUAUAUACGCUGUCGCCUUCACAUGAGGGCUCUUUUUCUUUUGAAGCUGUUCACAGGACACACCAUUUGAACACUUGUUUUGAAAGACAACCAAACAGUCCGAAAUAAAUAGUUUCAGAAAGCAGAAUAAUUACCA